AUGCCCACCUACUCCAAGCAAGAUGGCAAGAUCUACAAAGGCAGCUGGAACAAGGAGAACAUGCAUUACCAGACCUUCAAGAAGGCCCUGGCGGACCACCAAAUCGACCACCCCAAGAUCAUCUUCAAGGCAGACGGGUCGGUGAUGGCCCAGGAGCUCGACGCAUUGCCUAUCUGGAGGAGUGACCGGGUCGAUGUCCUGGCAAACAUUCACGACGGUGACUACCUGUACCUCCACAUGGUGAACAUCAACAACAUGAACGCCGACAAGAAGUACGUCCACUUCUACAUCCUGAAGAGCAACGCGGAGGUGGAGCUCGGCAAGGCCGGCAUCACCGAGGAGCAGAAGGCCAUAUGGACCAAGCGUAAAGCAUACGACGAGAGGAUGAUGAACGAGGCCAAGGCACUCGCCAUGCAAGGCAAGCUUGUAAAGUGGCAGACAAGAUUGUACAGCAAGCCCAUCGAAGCCAAAGAUAUACAGGAAGGUGACUUUGAUGAAGUUUCCAUGUGGAAUCCAGCCACGGGCAUGCCAACGCGCUACAACCUGGAUUAUUGGAUCAUACUCUGCAACGAGAACAAAGCCAAGAAGCUGCCCACACCCAAGCUCAAGCAGCUCAAGCAAGAGAAGAAGGCAGAGGGGGCCAUGAACGCCAACCCACAAGCCAUGGUGACGGGAGCGUCGCAGUUCAACGGCGGCAUGGACUCGGACUCGGAGCUUUCGGAGGACGACGACAUCUCGGGCGCGCUGAACUCGGCGGCCCGCAACCUCUACAUGUAG